AUGGGCCUCUCCCCCCGCUCCCUCCUCCUCCUCGCCCUCCUCGCCCUCGCCCUCCCCAUCGUCUACGCCUCCUCCGGCGACCGCAACCCCACAUUCCAGCACUGUCUCCGCGGCUGCUCCCUCACCUACUGCGACCCCUCCCAGCCCCCGAUCCCCCUCUACCUCAGGCUAUUUGGCUGGACAUGCGCCGAGAACUGCGCGUAUGAGUGCGCCCAUAGCUUCACAGACCAUAUCCGCCCGGGAAGCAGAUACCACCAAUUCUACGGCAAAUGGGCGUUCUACAGACUGGGGCCGUUCCAGGAGCCAGUGUCGAUAUUGAUGUCUAUCGGAAACCUUUACGUCAACUUGCAAGGUGUAUCCGAGGUUCGUAGGCGUAUACGGCCAGAGAACAAGUUGCGACCAUGGCUUCUCGCAGCUGGGUAUGUCCAGGUGAACACCUGGGUAUGGAGUGCCGUCUUCCACGCCCGAGACACCCCCACAACCGAGCGCCUCGACUACUUUUCCGCCACCCUCACCAUCUCCUUCACCCUCCUCUACGCCCUCCUCCGCAUAUUCCACCUCCAAACACCCCUCCUCACCACCCGCUUCCUCCUCCCCACCUGUGCUACCAUCGCCUUCCUCGUCCUCGGCCACUUCACCUACCUCCUCUCCUUCCCCCUCGGCUCUUUCCCAUACGGCUACCACACUUUAUUCAACCUCGUGCUGGCCCUGGUGCACAAUACAAUCUGGGUCCUCUGGUCAUUCUCUUUCAAAUUCCCAUACCCCUCCUUCUCUUUCUCUCGGUACACCCUCUCCUGGCCAAGGUCUUACCCCCCACACGACGCAUACCCCUCCCCCUCCCCCUCCCAAGCCGGCACCCCCGCCCUCCUCGUCGCCCUCACAACCCUCGCAAUGUCCCUCGAACUCUGGGACUUCUCCCCCUUAUGGCGCCUCAUCGACGCGCACUCUCUCUGGCACUUUGCCACCAUCCCCCUAGCUAUGGGCUGGUGGUCUUUCCUCGUGCAGGACGCUAUCGAGCUUGAAGGCGCGCUCAUGGGCCAAAGGGGUAUGGGCGUGGGGGAGAAGCAGGAGGAGAAGGAGAAGAGACUGAGGGAGGGGGAAGUGCCAAGGACGCCGACGUUUAGGGAGUUGGCUAGUGGGAGUGCGAGGUUGGCGAGUCCGAGUCCUAGUCCCGGUGCGAGGGUGAGGGCGAGUCCGAAGGCGGAGAGGAAUGAGUGA